AUGGGGGAAAAGCCGAUUUGGGAACAGAUAGGAUCCAGCUUUGUGCAACAUUACUACCAGCUCUUUGACACUGACAGGACCCAGCUUGGAGCAAUAUAUGUGAGUCUCAGAAUGUGAAUCUGUAUCAAUGAAUAUGAAUCAUAGUUACUCUGUCCUGUGUGUCCUGUUGUCACCUCCUUGCAUUUAUGGGCCGUUCACGUGCUGUCGGAGUUAUCAGAAGUCUGGAGUUCGGAAUGGGAAGUUUCACUUGAACGACCCUCCCAAGUGGGCAUUACAAGUGGGAAACUGAGAAAAUGUUGUUACCCAAGUUGUGACAUUUCACCUUUCAACCAAAAGAUGACAACAAAUCCAUUUUUGACCAUUACAAACGUAUCAAUGUGGAUAAUGUAGCUAGUUUGACCAUAUUGUCAAUGUUAACCAAGCUAGCUAACUUUAUUAUUAGCAACGUUAGCUACCUUGUCAAGCUAGCUAAAAUCUUGUUGGUUGAAGAAUUGGUCCGACUUUAACAGCACUAGAACACAAUCAUGUCGGACUUACGACAUCCCAGUUUCCCAGUUCCUACGAGCACAUGAAUGCCCCAUUAUUCCACCUUCAACUGUCUAUCCACCUCUUCUGCAUCUGUAAUAACUCAUUCAGUAAUUAUUUUCAACAAUGAAUUAAAUAUUUGUUAAUGUAAUGUUCAUUUGUUUUUCAAAUAGAAAAGUAGUGCAUCAUAUCUCCAGUCUUGUGAGCGAAUGCUCCCUGAUAAUUCUAUCCAAAUCACUAACCAAAGUAAAGAUUGUUGAAUCAAUACAUGUACCAUAGUCUUGCCUUAUUUCAAUGUAACUGUUCAAACCUUUACUUGGUUUAUGUCUUUCAGAGACUGAUGCUAGAUCAAACAAGUUUUGACAAGCAUUCAUCUGAGGAACUUUUUGGGCCAAAGAAACAGGGUCUGAAGCAUCAAGUUAGACUGUGGAGGACAUGCAAAUAUGCAUACUACUUGGACACUUACAAGCUAAAGCAUAAUAUAUUUCAAUAAGAUGUGUAAUAGACAGCAUAUAGUAACAUAUUUUAAGCUGUUCAAAUAAUUGUAAUGUCCAUUUAUCAAUCUUGAGAACAAGCAAGUCUUUACAUUCUGCUUAGUGAGCAUUCUUGAUAAAAUGUGUUGUUUGUGUGCCCCCUAUUGGUAGCAGGGUGAUUCUCAUGAAACUGGCACUUAACAAAAAAAACGUGACACAAAAUAAACCAUUUUUCUCCAUAAUUCUUCUUGAAUCACUAAGAUUAGGAUCUGUAGUUAUCUAUUUCAUAAAUAUUGUUAUGUAUUUGAUCAGAUAUUAUGCAUUUUACCCAUGGGUGAAAGUAGAUUUUAUUUCUUCCCGGUAUGGGACCGCAGUACCACAAUUUUAACCAAGCUAGCUAACUUUAGCAACGUACAUAUAGAAUCCCUACUAAUUCAAUAGGAUCUCUGUGGGCCUAGUCGUAAAUAUUUGUCAUUUAACUUUUAAAUUGUAUGACCUUUUAUUGUGGCAUAAACACAACCAGUCAUGAUGUUUUCAUCUGAUUAUCAAACAAUCACUUCAAAGGGCUCCUUUACUAAGCUACCUGCGCACGUUCAUCCACUCGCAAUGUAUUUCCAGCCUCCAAACAGUGGUGAAUGGAAAGAGACAUCUGUUACACAAAACACCAAAAAGUUUAAUGACAUUGGCGAUUGUCAUUAGGCCAGAAUUGAUGUGUCCACUGCUGUCCAUGCUCACCUCUUAGUCAGCCACUCGUCUCUGCCUUGGCAAAAUGUCAGUGUUCUCGUCAAACCACAUCGCAUUUUGGAAUGUAGGCUAUACCACCCGUUUAAGUCCAUUCACACAUUUGUAGGAAAAUAAUUAUAAUUUGUAUACUACAAAUUUACUACAAGUAAGCCCAAAAAGAGAGUGUUAUUUUCAAGUAGAAUAAUUUCAUACCUUGAUUACGUUGAGACACGAUCACGACACAAUACUUGCGAAUAGACUUCCUAAAUUAAACUUAUUUUUAGCUGAAUUCUUGGUGAUUUAGUCAUUUUUUGUAACCCAAAAUUAAAAUCCAAAAAGUAAAUGUAAAAAAAAGUGUAAUGAUAUUUGCCGAUUGUCAUUAGUCCAGAAUUGAUGCGUCCACGCUCGUCUCGGUAUAGGCCACUCAUCUCUGCCUUGGCAAAAUGUCAGUGUUCUCGUCAAACCACAUCACAUUUGGAGCGUAGGCUAUACCACCCGUUUUCAUUCGCAAAUGUUUCCUGCCUCUGACAUGCGGUAAUGAUAAAUAGUGGUGUAAUAGCCUAUUUUUUUAUAAUAAAAAAUAGAUAUAUUAUUGUGAUAAACUCAUGUUUUACCGGUACCCCCAGUAUUUCUUUUGCCGGGAUGCCGUACUGGACCGUACUGCUUUACUUUCACCUCUGAUUUUACCACAAAUUCCACAAUUACCAAUGCAAAAUAUAGUUUCCGUAGGCCAAAAAAGUGUUGAACAAGUCUUUUUUUUCCCACAUUGCUCUCCUAAUGAAAAGGCCAGUGUUAAACAUAACACUGAACUAGUUUAUUUAAAAUUAAAUUAUAAACAAUUAUUUUGUAAUUUCUCAUUCCUGCAACAACCUUUUCUGAAUAUAGUUUUUUGUCAUAAUUGCUUGUGUAUACAUGUUAUUUUUAUGUACACAUAUUUGGAUAAAGAACAAAAGGCACACUCAGAUUAAGCCAAAAUUACUAAAGUAUGUGUUUUUAAAAAUCUAUUUCCUAAAUAUUGGUGCGUUAUGGUAAUGAUAAGCAGGUUUCAGAGAUGAGAAUGCAUGUUUCGGUAAUGACUGUUGCAUAGUUUGCCAUUGAAAAACUAUACUGAGCUCUAAUAGAGAAUCAGUAACCCAAUACAUCAUCAAACUGUGUCAUUUGUUAAGCCCAAAUGACUUGCAUAAUACUAAAAUCACUGAUCUUAAUGCGAUUGACUAAAAUACCCCAUAUUGUAGCAUAAGUAUAAGUACUGAAAUUACGUGCAUGUCUUGUCAAAAGUGUACUUAAGCAUAAAAAUGUUUUUUUUAAUUUUUAGAAAAGGUAAUUUCUCCAAUGUCUUUACAGGUAAUUUUGGUAUAUUAGGACGUGGAAUGUGUGGUUAUUUCUAAAUUGAAUGGCAUCCUAUGGACAAAUGGAAUAACAUGAUAGGCCUGUAAAGCAGGGGAGAAAGUAAGGCGGUACGGCGUCCCAGCAAAAUAAAUAGUGGGGGUACGCUGUACCGGUAAAACAUGAGCCUAUUACAGUAAUGAAAACAAAAUGUCAAGGAAACUAGGCUAUUACACCACUUUUUAUCGUUACUGCAUGUCAGAGGCAAUGGACAUGAAAACUGGUGGUAGGCCUAUAGCCUACGCUCCAAAAUGCGAUGUGGUUAGAUGAAAAGUUACACAGAAAUUAUGCCAAGGCAGAGAUGAGGGGCCGACACAGAGACAUGCGUGGACAGAAGUGGACGCGUAAAUUCUGGCCUAAUGACAAUCGUCAAUAUCAUGACACUUUUAUGUUUUGUGUAACAGAUGCCUCUUUCCAUUCACCACUGUUUGGAGGAUGGAAAUAUGUUGCGAGUGGAUGAACGUGCGCAGGUAGCCUAGUAAAGGAGCCCUUUGAAGUGAUUGUUUGACAAACAGAUGAAACAUCAUGACUGGUUGUGUUUAUGCCACAAUAAAAGGUAAUACAUUUUCAAAGUUAAAUGACAAAUCUUUACGACUACGCCCACAGAGAUCCUAUUGAAUUGAUAGGGAAUUCCUAUAUGUAAUUCUAUGAUUAGGCCCAUAAAAAAAGUGCACAUAUAGGAGGUCCGUACCGGGAAGAAAUGAAUUCUACUUUCACCCCUGCUAUCAUAUAUCGAAAUAUGUGGGAUAUGGAGCAAAAACUGUCUUGAGAUAUCAAACAACAGUGUAGGUAAGUGCUACAACAUGUACACAUGGUAAAAUGGUGGAUAUCCUCCUUUUAGUGGGGGGGUUGGUCUUUGCUGGAACACAAACUCCAGAUUGUGGCUUUAAGUAAAUUAAAUAUUGUUUAUACACCCAUAUUUCUUAACUCCUACUUAAUCAAAUAAUUUAUGUUUUACAAAAAAAUCUAUACAAUAGCUGUAAGCAGUGGUCCUAGUAAAUAAUAAAAGUUACCAGCACAGAGCACCCAUUGACUAUACAUUAGAAUUAGCUUAUUAUCAUUACCGAAAUUAAGGUUCUCAUUACUGAAACGGACCUACAAAUUAUGUGCUAAUGAGAUGUGUGUUUUAGUAAUGAGAGGCCCUUAGUUCAAUUUGCAAGUAAAAGGAGACCGCCAUUAUGAGUCCGCAAACAACUGACCACAUCACUAAAGCCCAUUCAUGUCUUCAUGUUGGUAAGGUAAUGGUUAUCUUAAGUUUUUCCCAAUUUGAGCUUUUUAGUCAUUUCGGUAAUGAGAAGGUCAAGUGUUGUAAAGGGGGUGUUUGAGAUUAAAAUCCUCGUUCCGGCAUUUAAGUGAAGAAAUUAAAUGAACUCGUGCUCAUCUGACUACUCUAGAUUAUGUAUCAUGGGUGAAUACAACUUUAUUAAAGAACAUUUUUGAGUUUUUACAGAAACUCUGUGUUACGGUAAUGAGAAAGAUGUCCACAGACUGUGUUUUUAUGUAAUACAUAUUAAAGUUUAAUGUAAACUUCAAAUGGUAUAACAUUUUUAUCAUUUAUGGACAAACUACAGCACUGUAUUUUGUGUUUUAUUCAGAUAAGUUAGGUUUUUCUCAAAUAAAAUGUUAUGAAAUGACAUGAGAAUUUAAUCCAGAAGCAUUUCGGUAAUGAGAAUUUUGGGUGAAAAUGUACAAAAUUCAGGUGAAAAUGUAAAAUGUAUUUAAAAUAAGACACUGUGCCAUAAACAAGGUAUCAUAGUCUUCAGAAUGAUAGUUGACUGUUGCAUAUGCAUUAUGGUGUUCUAACUCAAUUUGUUGCUACCAUGGUAAAAACUGAUUUCAUGAGAAUCACCCACAAUUUACAUUUUUAGAUACAAGGAGAAUUGCACAAACCUCACAUCCUUCCAGCGUAAAUAUACCACCAAUGUGCCUUCUGCUGACGAACUCAAUCCUCUGCUUUUCCUUUUAACAGAUUGAUGCAUCAUGCCUUACGUGGGAAGGACAGCAAUUCCAGGGAAAGGCAGCGAUUGUCGAGAAACUUUCUGUGAGUGCUAUUAUAAAAUAUUAUACCUGAGCAUGACAAAAUGGAAUGCCUCAAUAGUAUGUCAGGAGUGUACUGAUUGAACAGGAUAUCCAGGAGACAUCCUGGUGGAAUGUGCUUGUCUCUGAUACAUCUGUCUUGUUUCUUAUUUUCAGACUCUCCCCUUCUUAAAAAUUGCUCACAGUAUAACAGCACAAGACCACCAGCCCACCCCUGACAGCUGCAUAAUGAGUAUGGUAGUAGGACAACUAAAAGUAAGUAUUUCUCAUUCUAUCACAUUCUAUCACUGUAACUCAGUUGGUAGAGCAUGGCGCUUGCAACGCCAGGGUUGUGGGUUCGAUUCCCACGGGGGGCCAGUAUGAAAAACUAAAACUAAAAUGUAUGCACUCACUAACUGUAAGUCGCUCUGGAUAAGAGCGUCUGCUAAAUGACUAAAAUGUAAAUGUAUAUUGCCAGUUUCUUAAACCAACAACUGAAUCAUUUACAUGCUAGACAUCCCCACCUGCUAUAAACGAAGAGUCUCGGUUCUGUCUGUUUGAUCAAACUGCAUUGUUAAAAGCACAGCUAGGUACAUCUGUUUUCAGCUUCACCACAGAUUCAAGCCAUUUGUUCACUAAAUUGAUAUAAAUAGCUAUGCUGUUAUUAAUCUGCCUGAGCACAUAGAAGAGGCCAUGGACCAGGCCUUCCUAUGUUAUAAAAACAAGGGUAUGUUUGUGUGUGAGGUAAGUACUUUAGAUGUCAGGGUUAUUGUAUAUUAUGUGUCUGUCUCUCAGGCAGAUGAUGACCAGGUCCUGGGCUUCUAGUAUACGUUUUUGCUGAACAAUUACAGCAAUGCCUGGGUUUGCACCAAUGAGUUCUUCAGGCUUGCCCAGCACAACCCUUGACCUGCCUGUGGUCUUAUGCCCCAUCUUCUCCCUACUUACUGUCAGUAAGGAUCUGUGUUCUGACUGACCAUGGUUCAGUUGGGCUUUUACUAAUCUCACGCCAUAGAGGGAUUUCUUCAUACUGGAGUUUGAUUAUGAGAGACCACAGUGUGUUCAGGGAUUUAAAAAAUAAAUGUACUCACCAAAUGAUGGGGGGGAAAUGCCCUAUAAACUGGGACAACCAUGUGGUUUGUUUGUUGAAUCUGAACCUAGAUCAUAGUGAAGGCUGGCUUGUUUGACUGGUAAUCAUUCAGUAUUGACCAAUUAACGGAACUAGUCUCAGCCACAAUAAUGGCAUUAUAUGCUAGCUCUCAUCUUCACUGUGGACCUUAAACUUGUAAGCUGCUGAUUGUUAGAAGCUUUUUAGAACACUAACGUAUCAUUUGAAGGAGCCAAUGCCAUCAUGAUCACUGAGCAGUAAACCUUACGGAGUUAUGUAAGCCUAGUCUCCACUGACACCUAAAGGGAUGACAUGCUUUUUGUCUGUGGCUCUAUCUCCAUUAGUGCUUGUUCAAACCUGCUUGUGCUCUGUUUGACUGGAAUAGCCUGAUCAGGAAUUGGGGUUUGUCACAAGCAUUGUGAUUGUAUAAGUUAGGCUGAGGCUAACUGCAAGACUGACUGUAACCGCCCUGUCCCGCCCCCGUCCCUUCGCCCUGGAAGCCUCCUCCCCAGAGAAAAAAAAAGUGUAUCACGUUCUGCGCAUGUGUUUCUUUACCUCAACUUUACGGACACAUUUUUGUGCUCACCCUCCCUUCACAUUUCUCACUGUAAAUUGUGAAUGAUAAUUCUUCAAUUUUAACGGUGAAACGUCCAUGCCAACCAUUUGACCUCAAAUCAGUUUCAUGGGAAUAUGCAUUUACACUGAACAAAUAAUAAACGCAACAUGCAACAAUUUCGAAGAUUUUACUGAGUUACCGUUCAUAUAAGGAAAUCAGUCAAUCAAAAUAAAUGAAUGGGGCCCUAAUCUAUGGAUUUCACAUGACUGGGAAUACAGAUAUGCAUCUGUUUGGUCACAGAUGCCUUUAAAAAAAGGGGGGUGUGGAUCAGAAAACCAGUCAGUAUCUGGUGUGACCACUAUUUAGCUCAUGAAGCGUGACACAUCUCCUUCGCAUAGAGUUGAUCAGGCUGUUACUUGUGGCCUGUGGAAUGUUAUCCAACUCCUCUUCAAUGGCUGUGCGAAGUUGCUGGAUAUUGGCGAGAACUGGAACACGCUGUCAUACACGUCAAUCCAGAGCAUCCCAAACAUGCUUAAUGGGUGACAUGUCUGGUGAGAAUGCAGGCCAUGGAAGAACUGGGACAUUUUCAGCUUCCAGGAAUUGUGUACAGAUCCUUGCGACAUGGGGCCGUGCAUUAUCAUGCUGAAACAUGAGGUGAUGCGUGCCAGUGGCCAUCGAAGGUGAGCAUUUGCCCACUGAAAUCGGUUACGACGCUGAACUGCCGUCAGGUCAAGACCCUGGUGAGGACGACGAGCAUGCAGAUAAGCUUCCCUAAGAUGGUUUCUGACAGUUUGUGCAAAAAUUAUUUGGUUGUGCAAACCCACAGUUUCAUCAGCUGUCCGGGUGGCUGGUCUCAGACGAUCCCGCAGGUGAAGAAGCCAGAUGUGGAGGUCCUGGGCUGGUGUGGUUACACGUUGUCUGCAGUUGUGAGGCCGGUUGGACGUAAUGCCAAAUUCUCUAAAACGACGUUGGGGGCGCCUUAUGGGAGAGAAAUGAACAUACAGUGGCUUGCGAAAGUAGUUACCCCCCUUGGCAUUUUUCCUAUUUUGUUGCCUUACAACCUGGAAUUAAAAUAGAUUUUGGGGGGGUUUAUAUCAUUUGAUUUACACAACAUGCCUACCACAAAAUAUGUUUUUUUGUGGAAAAAAACUUGAGCGUGCAUAACUAUUCACCCCUCCAAAGUCAAUACUUUGAAGAGCCACCUUUUGCAGCAAUUACAACUGCAAGUCUCUUGGGGUAUGUCUCUAUAAGCUUGGCACAUCUAGCCACUGGGAUUUUUGCCCAUUAUUCAAGGCAAAACUGCUCCAGCUCCUUCAAGUUGGAUGGGUUCCGCUGGUGUACAGCAAUCUUUAAGUCAUACCACAGAUUGUCAAUUGGAUUGAGGUCUGGGCUUUGACUAGGCCAUUCCAAGAUAUUUAAAUGUUUCCCCUUAAACCAAUCGAGUGUUGCUUUAACAGUAUGCUUAGGGUCAUUGUCCUGCUGGAAGGGGAACCUCCGUCCCAGUCUCAAAUCUCUGGAAGAUUGAAACAGGUUUCCCUCAAAAAUGUCCCUAUAUUUAGCGCCAUCCAUCAUUCCUUCAAUUCUGACCAGUUUCCCAGUCCCUGCCGAUGAAAAACAUCUCCACAGCAUGAUGCUGCCACCACCAUGCUUCACUGUGGGGAUGGUGUUCUCGGGGUGAUGAGAGGUGUUGGGUUUGUGCCAGACAUAGCGUUUUCCUUGAUGGCAAAAAGCUCAAUUUUAGUCUCAUCUGACCAGAGUACCUUCUUCCAUAUAUUUGGGGAGUCUCCCACAUGCCUUUUGGCGAACACCAAAUAUUUGCUUAUUUUUCUCUUUAAGCAAUGGCUUUUUUCUGGCCACUCUUCCGUAAAGCCCAGCUCUGUGGAGUGUAUGGCUUAAAGUGGUCCUAUGGACAGAUACUCCAAUCUCCGCUGUGGAGCUUUGCAGCUCCUUCAGGGUUAUCUUUGGUCUCUUUGUUGCCUCUCUGAUUAAUGCCCUCCUUGCCUGGUCCGUGAGUUUUGGUGGGCGGCCCUCUCUUGGCAGGUCUGUUGUGGUGCCAUAUUCUUUCAAUUUUUUAAUAAUGGAUUUAAUGGUGCUCCGUGGGAUGUUCAAAGUGUCAGAUAUUUUUUUAUAACCCAACCCUGAUCUGUACUUCUCCACAACUUUGUCCCUGACCUGUUUGGAGAGCUUCUUGGUCUUCAUGGUGCCGCUUGCUUGGUGGUGCCCCUUGCUUAGUGGUGUUGCAGACUCUGGGGCCUUUCAGAACAGGUGUAUAUAUACUGAGAUCAUGUGACAGAUCAUGUGACACUUAGAUUGCACACAGGUGGACUUUAUUUAACUAAUUAUGUGACUUCUGAAGGUAAUUGGUUGCACCAAAUCUUAUUUAGGGGCUUCAUAGCAAAGGGGGUGAAUACAUAUGCAUGCACCACUUUUCUGUUAUUUAUUUAUUUUAAUUUUUUUUAACAAGUUAUUUUUUUCAUUUCACUUCACCAAUUUGGACUAUUUUGUGUAUGUACAUUACAUGAAAUCCAAAUAAAAAUCAAUUUAAAUUACAGGUUGUAAUGCAACAAAAUAGGAAAAACGCCAAGGGGGAUGAAUACUUUGGCAGGGCACUGUAAAAUUCUCUGGCAACACUGUAAAAUUCUCUGGCAACAGCUCUGGUGGACAUUGCUGCAGUCAGCAUGCCAAUUGCACACUCCCUCAAAACUCCCUCAAAACAAAUUUGUGCACAAGCUUUGAGAGAGAGAAGCUUUUUGUACAUAUGGAACAUUUCUGGGAUCUUUCUUGUAGCUCAUGAAACACUUUUUACAUGUUGCGUUUAUAUUUUUGUUCAGUAUAGAUCUUCUUUAAUUAUGUACAGUGUUUCAAAGUACAGUGUUGUUUUAAAUUAUGUACAGUGAGCAAUUUUUUUUAGCAGAUUGUGUUAACAAAUCAAAGCACAUAUUUUGCCUAUGGCGCGUGCUGUGUUGGCCGCAUGAGAGAGAAAUCAUCCAGAAAUCUCAUAACAAAUUAGGUGGUGUUUUUUGUCUUACGGUAAUGUUAUACAAUGCUAUUAUAUUCUGUUCUGUUAUGUAGAAUACUAACAUUAUGUGCUCUUGCAAACAUUUAUUCAGCUUUGAUCUAACAUUUAUUUAACAAGCACCAUUCUCCAUCAUAACUGAAAUUCGCUAGAGUAGCCUGUUCUCUGGGCAGCCGAACGAGUACAGACUGUGCGUAAAGUAGAGAAUCCCACACAUGUGCAGAAGCUUCGGUUGUUUAGCUUAUCGGGAAAAGGCAUCCAGAGAAUUUAGCAACGCAGCCACUCCGGAUAAGUUAACGGAUAGUAGAGUAACAGGAAUGUGUUUGUUGUGUGCAAGCAGUUUGUGUCGCUUCGACUCAGCCAAAAUCAACCCUUGUCAGAGAUGCACCCAACUAUGGAUUGGAUUCACAGAAAUAUAACUGUGACUUCACUAAGCUCUGUCUUUGUGUUACAGGCCGAUGAGGACCCCAUCAUGGGAUUUCAUCAGAGUUUCAUCCUGAAGAACAUUAAUGAUGCCUGGGUAUGCACCAAUGACAUGUUCCGGCUCGCGCUGCACAAUUUCGGCUAA